UCUUUCCUAUUUUGGUGUGUACUGAGCAUCGUGAUGACAUAUACUGAGCAUCCCGUUGCACUGGUUUGUUGCAACAUAAAUAUUAGGGUCUUGCAGUAGAAGGAAUCGUGUGGAGGAAGGCUGACGGAAGCUUGCGGGGGAAGGCUCCGAGAAAGUGGCUUGCAAGGGAAGGAGCACAAGUGGCUUCUCUUGGAAGGUUCGGCCGGGCACUAUAUAUAGGUGCAAGAGGGGCUCUCAUUUGCAAGCCACGAAAUGGAGCCUCGUGCUGCAUGGAAGCAGUACAUGAGAGAGUUAUGCUUCUCCACCGAGGAGUCCGAUGAGGAAGAUGAGUUGGUCCUAGCGACGCUUGCCGCAUGGCAUGCCGACGUCGAAGCUUCGCGCAGAGGGCCGUGGGGAGGCUCUGUCCCCGGGCACCGGCGCAUCCGUAGGAAUCGUCAGGAGGGACACAAUCGAUUGUACAACGACUACUUUGCUGAGUCCGCAGUGUACCCCGACUACAUCUUUCGGCGCAGGUUCCGGAUGAAUCGCGAUUUGUACUGCAAGAUUGUGAGGGAGGUGGAGGAACAUGACCCGUGGUUCAAGCAAAGGAGGAACGCUGCCGGAGAGCUUGGGCUGUCACCCUUGCAAAAAGUAACUGCCGCUUUCCGUAUGUUAGCUUACGAUGCUCCUGCAGAUUCUCUCGACGAGUGCCUCCGGCUAGGGGAGAGCACCAUCAUCGAGAGCAUGCGGCGUUUCGUGCGGGCCAUUGUCGAGGUGUUCGGUGACGAGUACCUCCGGGCGCCGACCGAGGAGGACACUGCUCGAUUGCUGGAUAUGAACCAGCGUCGAGGGUUCCCCGGGAUGCUUGGAAGCAUCGAUUGCAUGCACUAG